AUGUCUGAUUCAACUUCGCUGGCAUCUCCAAUUGCUAGGCCUAAACGGUCUAAUCCUCCUUUUUUAUCAAUAGAAAUGAUUAAGGAACAUGUAACUCCUAAGAUGGUCAAGGACAUCAAGUUUACUAUAUCUGGUUCCAUAGUUAUGAUCUUAAUCUUAUUUCAUUACGCUUGGAUAAUGAAGCGGCUACUCAUAAAUCCUUAUUUAUCCAUGUCAUGGAUAAUUGCUUACUUUCUCAUAUUUGGUUCAAAUGUUUUAUUUUUAGGUUACGUUUUAUUGUUUGUACUUUACCCGAUAAUUUACAAAGAAGAAGUCGAACAGGAAAAAAUGGAUAGGAAUAAGAAAGAAGAAUAA